AUGACGUGGACUAAGGAGUUGGACGAAGCUGCGGUGCUUGCCACCAGGAGUGGAUACUGGCAUGUGGUGCUCUUCUACUUGCUGUGUGGCUUGGCAGCCAUUCCCACAUCAUUCCUUGUUUUUACCCAGGUCUUCACAAAUGCUACUCCAGAGCACUGGUGUGCCCCUCCAAAGGUGUUGGAAAACUUGGGUCUUCCUGAUGAUAUCAUUCGUUCUCUUACGAUACCCAGACAAAAUGGCGUGUAUGAGAGCUGCAGGGCGUAUGACUUCGACUCAAAGGAGCUCCGUAAUGUGUUGAAAGAUUACGUUGAAGAGAGCACAGUUGCCGUUAAAGAAGACACUGUCGUACGUUCUUUGAAGAUCUAUCAACUAAUUCCAUCUAUCAGCAAUUUGAGCUCAAAGAAUCUUAUAGGAAACAUUUCAGAGGCUGUUCUAUCAGUUCGAAGAAAUACCACAUCACCUUGUCAAAACGGAUGGAGAUUCAGUAGAGAACAGUACAGAAGAACUCACGUCACAGAAUUCUCUCUGGUUUGUGAUCUUGAAUGGCUGCCCAGGAUAAGUAACACCCUGUUCUGGGUUGGAUCAAUAUUUGGGAACUUGUUCUUUGGAUGGAUAUCUGACAGAUAUGGUCGCCGAACUACUAUACUUCUGAUGAUCUUCUUGGAAGUACCAUUGCCGAUUGCAGCAGCCUUCGCUACGUCCUACUGGACUUAUGUAGGACUUUUUAUAGUUGGUGGACUAUUCUUCCCGGCUUUGUAUCAGCAACCCUUUAUAUUAGCACUGGAGCUGAUGCCACCAGGGCAGAGGAACAAUAGCGGUAUUGUGGUGGGUAUGCUUUUUGCGACUGGUAUGUGCAUACUGGCACUGCUGGCGUAUGCUGUUAAAGACUCUUAUCAUUUGGCAUUACUUACGAGUUUACCAUUUAUAUUAUUGUAUGGAUUUUAUUGGAUAAUACCAGAAUCACCAAGAUGGUUCGUUGGUAGGGGCCGAAUUGCUGAUGCUGAGAAAGUUUAUAGGAAUCUCGCGAGAAAGAAUGGUAUUAACUUGCCGAAAGGAUUUUUACUAGAAAUACAUCAGAAAACGAUUAAAGAGGAAGAAAAUACUCAAGAAGAAUUAGAAGUAUUGCCCAAUAUGAACGGUCAUAUUUCUGGUUAUACAGGACUACCAGAAAAAGAUGAGAUUACUGACAGAAGAAUUAGUAAUAUGCUCACGUUUAAACCAGAUCUUACAAAUAUAUCAGAAAUAGAUAACUCUAGCAAAGAAAGCUUAGAAAACAUAAAAGCUCUAGAAGUAGCAGAAACGGUAAACAGAAACUCAAAAAUGAAAAGAGAUGAUGAGGACAUAAAAGAUCAAAAUAUUACAGAGUUAACAAAUCUAGAUUCACAGUAUCACCAAAAAGCAAUACAAACAGAUAAUUCAAAGCAUCCAGGCAAUACUUUGAGAAGAAAGUCUAUCCAAUUCAUUAAUAAAUUAUUUAUACACGAAGAGGGAGAAGACGAUGAUGAUAUUAUAGAGAAGAAGAUAAUGGAUGAUCAAAAUUCUGAAGGGGAUUGUAAGGCUUCUCUUUUAGAUAUAUUUCGAAACCCCAAUAUAAGGAAGAAGUUCUUCAUUUUAACUUUCGACUGGAUCGCUCUGGGCGUUGUGUAUAACAGUUUAACUUAUAAUACGCCUAAUCUAGGUGUUAAUGAUUAUUUGGCGUUUUUUAUUGGUGGUGCAGUCGAAAUACCAUCAUACUUUUUGGCCUGGCGCUGCAUGGAGCGUUAUGGACGACGUUGGGUACUUUGUAGCUUUACUUGUAUUGGUGGAAUUGCCUGUAUUAGCUGUAUACUUGUACCUGAAUCUUGGCCUUGGAUAACAGUUGCCUUGUCUAUGUUUGGAAGACUAUUUGCUGCAUCGUCCUUUGCUGUAUUUUACGUGCUGAUUGGAGAGAUUUUACCAACAGUUUUGAGAGCUCAAGCAAUGGGCGCUUCAUCUUUCAUAUCUGGACUUGGGCUGUUGGCAGUUCCAUAUAUAGUGCACUUGGCUGUUUAUUCAAGAGCCUUACCGCUGGCUAUUAUGGGUGUUUUAAGUGUCAUGGGUGGCAUUACUGCCCUGUUCCUACCUGAAACUUUGAACCAGCCAUUACCACAAACUUUAGGAGAUGGAGAGAUGUUUGGCAGGGAUUUCAAAAUAUUGAGUUGCGUGCAAAGACAAAGUGAACAUAAUUAA